GCGCACGUGACUUUCGUCUUCCUGGCAGAACUACCGCAAGCUCCUUGUCUACUUUUCUGUUUGUUGGGCGCUUUGCCAACUUCAGUUGACCCUGACCUCCAUCUGGAACUCUUGAAAACCAACAUGAAGCCAGUGAUUGUGGUGCAUGGCGGCUCGGGGGCUUGUCCAGACGCGCUGUGCAGAGCCAGCGUAGACGGUGUGAAGGCAGCGGCUCGGGCUGGAUAUGCGGUGCUGGAGAAGGGAGCCUCUGCCCUGGACGCCGUGGAGGCCGCUGUCAGAUCUCUGGAAGACAACCCUGCCUUUGACGCCGGUCACGGCUCGGUGAUGAAUGCGGCUGGGGAUGUGGAACUUGACGCCAUCAUCAUGGACGGCAGCACGCUGGCCUCAGGAGCCGUCACCUCCGUCAGGAACAUCGCCAACCCUGUCACCCUGGCCAGGGCCGUCAUGGAAAAGACGGACCAUGGCAUACUGACUGAUAGAGGUGCCAGCCUGUUCGCAGAGAAGCUGGGCAUCCUCACGGUCCCCACUGAAGCCCUGGUGACAGAGAUGGAGAGGAAGGAGUGGGAGAGACAGAAGUGCUACUCCAACCAGGUCAAGGAGGAGUUCAACACGCAGUGGUCAAAUGACACAGUGGGUGCAGUAGCUUUGGAUCGCCAUGGUAAUCUUGCCUGCGCCACAUCAACUGGAGGAAUCAGACACAAAAUGGUGGGCAGGGUCGGAGGCGCCCCCAUUAUAGGAUCAGGAGCCUACGCUGACAACCAGAGUGGUGCGGUGUCCUGCACUGGCCAUGGAGAAUCCCUCCUCAAAGUCACCUUGGCCAGACUAAUACUCUUCCACGUCGAGCAAGGACGUGGGAUCCCGGAGGCGGUUGAGAAGUCCCUGCAGCACAUGGGGGAGCGAGUGCGUGGCGGAGGCGGAGCCAUAGCCGUGGGCCCCUCUGGCCAAUGGGCCGCCAACUUCACCACAGUGCGCAUGCCCUGGGCCUGUGUGGACGGGGUGGCUCUCCACUACGGCAUCGAGCCCAAGGAGAAGAACCAGGAGGCGCCAUAGAGGAGAGGGGGGGAUAGGAGAGGAGGGGAGCGGAGAGGAGAGGACGGGACUUUCAGGAGGCUCCGGGGAGGAGAAGAGAGUAUCAGCAUCAGGAGGUGAGGAGAGGAGAGGCGUUUCAGGAAGGUCCAUAGAGCAGUGUUUCUGAACAGGGGUGCCACGGAAAUGUGGCUGAUAAAUAAAAUUAUGUAAUAUAAUUCAUAUUUGUCUAAAUUGAUAAGUUGAUGCUAGUCAGUGGAAUAUUUCAUCUGCCAUUUACGCACUAUAAAGUAAAUAUAGGUCGCCCCAGUCAGCUGCAACUUCGAAUGUAGGUCGUGUGACGUUUCCAAAUGUGUUACUUUUCUAAGCUUGUGUGGUAUCGGAUGCGAUGCCAUGUUACGGCUUGUUGGUUUGGGGUGCCUUGAAAUUUUUCAUGAAUUGAAAGGGUGCCUCGCCUUAAAAAGGGUUGAGAAACACUGCCAUAGAGGAUAGGAGCAGAGAGAAGAGGAGAGGAGCACCAGGAGGCGCUAUAGAGGAGAGGAGAGAAGUCGAGAGGAGUGGAGGAGCACCAGGAAGUGCAACAGAGGGGAAAGGAGAGGAGAGGAGAGGAGAGGAGAGGAGAGGAGAGGAGAGGAGAGGAGAGGAGAGGAGAGGAGGAGCACCAGGAAGCGCUAUAGAUUGUCUCCCCCACCUGGCUAGAGGUGGUAUCACAAGUCAAGUCAAGCGAGCUCACACCUAUUAUAUGUGCAAACGAUGAAGCCUGCAAACUGGCAAUAAAAUGUCCAUAAAUAAUCUGUAAACAGAUAAAAGGUUAAAUUGUG